GCUUUUCCCAGAGCAACGCCCAGGUGGUGGAUGAAGUGACGGACAGGGGGGGUGUGGGAGGAUCUCCGACAUUGCGACGACGCAACGUCCAACUACUUCAAGGAGAUGCUGCACAUGUUGCCACGUAUGUUCCGAGAGAUCGCGGAAGCUCUGUCACCCUUCCUUCAACGGCUUGUCACUUUCUAUAGGGAGCCCCUCCAGCCUGACCACAUUGUUGCAUCCGCUUUGUACAGGUGGGUGUCGGGGGAGACGUACGAGAGCGGGACAUGCAGCUUCGACAUUGGCAGAUCUUCUGGGUUGGUGGCUGUGCAGGUCCUGCAGGAUGUAACUGAAGCUUUGCUGAGUGCGUACCUCGACAAGAUAUCGUGGUUGGCGGGGCUGGAGAAGGCGGUCGUCAUGCGCGCUUUCGCCGACAAGGGUUUCCCUAACUGCCAUGGGUGCAUCGACUGCACCCACAUCUUCAUCGACAAGCCAGCGAAUUGCCCCAGGGAGCACUACUACGAUAGAAAAUGCCGUUUCUCCGUCCAGGCGCAGGUGGUCGUCGAUCUCAACUUGGGCGUGUUGGACGUGUUCGUCGGUUAUCCGGGAAGUUGCCACGACAUGAGGAUCGUCCACCUAUCGAGUUUAUGGGCGCGCGUGGAGGUAGGGGAGCUUUUCACUGGGCCACCUGUCAUGCUGCCUUUCGGUGUGCAGACGAACGGGUAUUUGCUGGGCGACAAGGGUUAUCCCCCCUCCGAAUGGGUAGUCGUCCCCUAUGGCGGUCUCACACAACACCCGUCGGAGUUGCGCUUCGACAACAAGCAGAAGACGGCGAGGGGAGCAGUUGAGAGAGCUUUCGUGAGACUGAAGGGGAGGUGGAGGUUGUUCCUUCGCUCCCACAAGACAAACAUGGACACGUUGCCGCAGCAGUUCGUCGCCUUGUGCAUUCUACACAACAUACUCAUCAACGCGGACAUCCCCUUCGACGACAAUGUACUGUGGGAGGCCGGGCCAGAUGGUGUGCAUCCCAGGGUGGAUCUUGGGAUGCAGCAACCCUUGAGGCCGAUGUGUAUGGAGUCGUCGACGGGGGAUGUGCUGAUUCUGCAGGACGCACUGGCGGAGCGAAUGGGUGCGCAUAAGAGACGUGCAAGCGUGCUGAGCGGGCGGCUGCGAUGACGUGGCUGCGACGAGAAAUCGAAGCAGACAACGC